AGUUCCUGCCAUGAAUCUGUUUACCAGCCCUCUGCCGAAGCACAAAAACAACAGCGUUUCUGCGGUGUAUUUGGAGAGCAGUGUGGCUGCAUUCACCAUAGGCUCCUCCAUUAAAACAGACCGCUCUCAUUUCGGUCCGUCAUGAAUCAUAAUUGUUAGUUUGGUGAAUUAUAUCGACAAGUGAAAAUGUUCCGACCUGUUCACUUUGUGUUGCUGCUCAACUCUGUUUUGGUGGACUGCUCAUCUGUUGUUGAAGAGUGCAUAACAUCCCAUGGAGAGGACUACAGGGGAAUGCAACAGAAGACAUUCAUUGGGAACAUUUGUCUAAACUGGAAUAAGUUAAACCUCAAGUUUAAAGACUCAGAGACAGGUGUCGGAGACCACAAUUUUUGUCGCAACCCAGAUGGUUCAGAUAAGCCCUGGUGCUACGUCUCAGGGUCCAAUGGAGUGACCAGAAAAGAAGCAUGUGAAAUUAGGACAUGCCAAGACCAAAACUCCACAGAAGCCACGGCUCAAGAGUCUGUCCUCACUCCAUUCCCAACCCUGAUGAUGGUGGAGACCUUUGAACCUGCAAACUCCUUCCCCUCACAGGCUGAGGUUGCGGUGGUGCAGCCCGUGAAGGGAGUACUACGGCCGGUCAUAGCAGGACCUAAAAAGAAGAAAGACCUUGGGACUCUUGGUUAUGUUCUUGCCGUACUCAUGAUGGCCAUCAUCAUCCUCCUUGGAGGCGGCAUCACAAUGGGAUACUUCUACAAAAGGGGUCGUGACCUUAAGAGACAGCAUGACCAGCGCGUUUAUGAGCGUGAGAUGCAUCGCAUUACACUUCCCCUCUCUGCCUUUGCCAACCCCACCUGUGAGCUGGUCGACGAAAACACCAUCAUCAUCACAGCUGAACCAAACAACCAGACCCCCACCCAGGAGCCCGCUGAGGGGGCCGACCCUCUUAUAGCGGCUGCGGGGACUCCCGGAGCCUGAUUAAGGAACAGGGUGCGUGCCUGGACAGGCCUAGCUACUUAAGACAUGACAGUGCACUACUGUAGAUCAUUCUGAGGACCAAACAUCCACCUCCUGCCUGUCAACCCUAUUCUCUCUGCCCUGCCUUUACAGCAUGGUUUCAUGGAAAAAGUAGAGCAUGUGCCCUGAAUGAGCAGUUGAAUGCCCCCUCCCCCCAAAUAGUGUCUUUAUUUCCUCAAUGGAACUGUUUGGUAGUGUACUUUAAUGGUGAACUGGAAAGGGUUUAAAAAGGUGGUUUUGUGUAAAUAUGCAUGUCAGGGAUUCUCAUUUUCCUUGCAAGUAAAUUUCAAGUGCAUUGUACAUCAUUACAGGGCAUGUCUACGCCCUGCUUGUUAAAUCCAGUGAGAGGGCAACAGUGCCAUUGACUACCAUGUAUCCUUUUAUGAAGUGACCAUGGAUCAGAUCAUCUGAAGAGAUUUGAAAGAGAAGACUACAUUCUAUUCCUCUUUUAUAUCUUUACUCUAUCUUGUUUUUGAUCCUAAUGCAAUUGAGAUGAAGUAAAAAGUGUGUUAGAAGCUGAAAUGGUGUAAAAGUGUAGUUGAAACUGAUGCUCCAGUGCUGUGCUAUUGGAGUAGGACUAGAGUUAAUUGUCUUUGAUAGCACUAACCCAGAAAUCAAUAUUUAAAAAUGAGAUCAUGUGGUCUGGAAUGCCUGAACUGCCUUUGCUAAGUGAAGGUUUUUGACUGAAAGUGAAGAGGGAAGCAAAUACAAAAACUAGCUUUCUGGAGAUGAUGCCUUACUUUUAAAUGUAUUAUUGCUUUUGGUUCAUGAGUGUUGAAAAGUGAAUGAGCAGUGUUUUCUUGAAGGAAGGUGACCUCAGCAGACCAAUCAGAAAGGGGUCGCACCAGGGGCUUCUGAUACAUUUAGUUAAUAGCGCGUUUACAUGCACAACAAGCUGAUAACACCCAAAAAUCAGUUGAUUACAAAAUUCCAACAAUACAAGAACACAGUGUGUACAUGACAUUGGAAAUCAUCAGGUUGUUCACAUCAAAACGUAAACAGUCAUGCACACAACACUUGCACGCAUUGGUUAAGCUGGUAAAGGGGCUUGCACGCGGAGCUAAAUCAGGGUAAUAGGCAAAAAUGUACUGGUGUGAAUUGGUUUAUGCUUAAACGUUUUAUGAUCUUACCACAAUAAAGGAAAACCAUUUAAGGUGUUUACAUGACUAUUUGUUGCACAAUCAUCAUGCAUGUAAACGCGGCCAUUGUUUAUCUGUCCUAUUUAGACCCUUCCUUCUGUAUGGUCAGGAAAAGUGUAGGCUACUUUGAAACAACUGAAAGAUCCAACUGUUCCGCUGAGAAAUAUUGAUCGCUUGUUUAGUGGUUGCAUUUCUUUCCAUUUAAGCAAUUGGUGCAAAUGAGUUUGUCAAGAUUUCUCAAGGAAUGCAAAAGAGUGCAAGAUGAGGUUAUGAGUCACUGUACUAAAGGUGGAGAUAAUCAGUUUUAUAUUUUUUCCACCCGAGUAAAUUUAACAUUUUGUAAAGAUCGUAGUCUCUGAAAUGGGAUGGUUCUGUAUAUCUGUGCGAAGACAAGUUUCAAAGUUGUAUCUUUUGAUUUUGUUUAGUCUCUGCUGUAUGUAUUUUUUUCCUGUGAGACUAAAGGUCUAGUGUGCAUUUUUAUGUUUAGCAGUUUUUACUGUUGUGAAAUAAAAUCAGUUUGAAGAGAAGUAGAUUAUCAUAUUGUACCCACAGUAGCAGUUUUCCUUACUGUACCCUUUGGGAAAAAAAAUAUAUUUGGGACCGGAUACUAGAAUACUGAAUCGCUUACACAAAAUACAAUUAUAAUUUUUUUUUUUUUUAAAUAGUAUGCAAAACAAUAUACAUCUAAUUUAAAUAGCAUGCAACACAGUUGCCACAUAGUACAUGUUUAAACCUGCAAGUGUAUCAGGUACCAGAUAUCAUCUAUGAAUUCAACAAUUAUAUUUGGUAACAUUUUUAAAUAAAGGUUCCGUUUGUUAACA